UGUUUAGCUACACUGUGCUCUACUGAACGUCACUCUAGGUCAAAUAUAGAUACGGGGCGCUCGUUCAAAUUUCUGUUGCAAAACGUUUAGCUACGGUGUGCCCUACUGAAAACUGGUGAGAAAAGAAGAUGAUAGACGUGUUCAAACCAAUAGACAAGAUGUUUGUUGGUUGCGUCAGGGAAAGUAAUGCUAUUCGGUUGGAUUUACGUUUUUAGGGCGGGUUUAGUUUUCGGAUACGGAAGAGGAAAGAGCUAUGUUUUGAAACCAUUGUCAGAAGUUUAGAAAGUUACGAAAACGGGACUUGUUGAAAUAACUUUACAUUACAUUACUUAUAUAGGGCAGUGAUACUAUUAAAAUACAUCAUUCUAUUUUAACAACGUGCGUGUCACUAUAAUUUAAGGAAAGCAGUUUGUGAGAGAUUACUAACUUCGCUACGUUGAUUUCUAGCGUGUGCUUGCUUUGACAACUAGUUAAACGUUUUUGAAUGGUAUUACUUGACUGUUGCCAAGAUGGACAUACAACACCGGCAGCGUCCGGUCAAACCGGACCAGAGUUUUUGGGACAACCGAAGACUGUGGACCGCAAGGAUUUUCUCCAUGCUCUGCUGUACGAUGGUGGUGUCGGUCGUUGCAGUAUUCUGCGCCUUUGUUUACCUCAUCUUGAAAGAGAUGCAGAAUGAGAGAGUGAUUGGAGAGGAUGGCUCAGAGGUUAGACUCCUAGGGUUCUGGAGUGUUCUGGGCAUGUCGGUGCUAGCAGGGUUCUGCUGCUGUAGCUUCACAUGGACCAUCACCUACUUUGACUCCUUUGAGCCCGGCACGUUCCCCCCAACGCCCCUGUCCCCUGGCCACCUCAGGCAGGUGACAGGUCACUCCUUCCACAUGGGCUACAGUGUGGCGGUCCUAAAUGGCAUUGUAGCGGCGAUCACCAUCAUCUGGAGCCUUACCUGACCUUACCCACAACACCCUGUUCUACCUGACCUUACCCACAACCCCCUGUUCUACCUGACCUUACCCACAACACCCUGUUCUAUCUGACCUUACCCACAACCCCCUGUUCUACCUGACCUUACCCACAACACCCUGUUCUACCUGACCUUACCCACAACACCCUGUUCUACCUGACCUUACCCACAACCCCCUGUUCUACCUGACCUUACCCACAACACCCUGUUCUACCUGACCUUACCCACAACACCCUGUUCUACCUGACCUUACCCACAACACCCUGUUCUACCUGACCUUACCCACAACACCCUGUUCUACCUGACCUUACCCACAACACCCUGUUCUACCUGACUUUACCCACAACACCCAGUUCUACCUGACCUUACCCACAACCCCCUGUUCUACCUGACCUUACCCACAACCCCCUGUUCUACCUGACUUGACCCACAACACCCUGUUCUACCUGACCCACAACACCCUGUUCUACCUGACCUUACCCACAACCCCCUGUUCUACCUGACCUUACCCACAACACCCUGUUCUACCUGACCUUACCCACAACCCCCUGUUCUACCUGACCUUACCCACAACCCCCUGUUCUACCUGACUUGACCCACAACACCCUGUUCUACCUGACCCACAACACCCUGUUCUACCUGACCCACAACACCCUGUUCUACCUGACCUUACCCACAACCCCCUGUUCUACCUGACCUUACCCACAACACCCUGUUCUACCUGACCUUACCCACAACACCCUGUUCUACCUGACCUUACCCACAACACCCUGUUCUACCUGACCUUACCCACAACACCCUGUUCUACCUGACCUUACCCACAACACCCUGUUCUACCUGACCUUACCCACAACCUCCUGUUCUACCUGACCUUACCCACAACACCCUGUUCUACCUGACUUUACCCACAACACCCUGUUCUACUUGACCUUACCCACAACACCCUGUUCUACCUGACUUUACCCACAACACCCUGUUCUACCUGACCUUACCCACAACACCCUGUUCUACCUGACUUUACCCACAACCCCCUGUUCUACUUGACCUUACCCACAACCCCCUGUUCUACUUGACCUUACCCACAACCCCCUGUUCUACCUGACCUUACCCACAACCCCCUGUUCUACCUGGCCUUACCCACAACCCCCUGUUCUACUUGACCUUACCCACAACCCCCUGUUCUACCUGACCUUACCAACAACCCCCUGUUCUACCUGACCUUACCAACAACCCCCUGUUCUACUUGACCUUACCCACAACACCCUGUUCUACCUGACCUUACCCACAAUCUCCUGUUCUACCUGACCUUACCCACAACACCCUGUUCUACCUGACCUUACCCACAACCCCCUGUUCUACCUGACCUUACCCACAACACCCUGUUCUACCUGACCUUAACCACAACCCCCUGUUCUACCUGACCUUACCCACAACCCCCUGUUCUACCUGACCUUACCCACAACCCCCUGUUCUACCUGACCUUACCCACAACACCCUGUUCUACCUGACCUUACCCACAACACCCUGUUCUACCUGACCUUACCCACAACCCCCUGUUCUACUUGACCUUACCCACAACCCCCUGUUCUACCUGACCUUACCCACAAUCUUUCCCAUGUGUAUGUGUACAUCUCAAGAGAAGCAGUAGAACAUGAUGUGAUACUAUGAGACAAUGUGUCCAGUACUAAAGUCAGCAUCUCACUCACUAGCUCCUUGUCAUUUGGUUCUCCAUGCUGUCCUCUUCUUGGCCAAGUCCCAGGCUGAUGCAGUGUUGAGUCCCAGGUUUCUACAAAGUCAGGAUACCUUUUUUAAUGUACUGUAUAUUGUGAUAUAUAUAUGUAUAUGUAUCUAGCCUAAAGAGGUUUUUGUGCCAAAUGAGUUCUAUAAAGAGAACGUUUGAAAUAUAAAAUGAGACUCACACAUUAUAAAUCUAUAGUUUAUUGUAAGUCUAAUAUAUAACCUGUAGAGAUAUGUUCCAUGCAGUGUAUCUGUGCAUUUGACUGUUAUUCUCUCUGAACCACUGAAUUACGCUUUCACUGUCUCUCCUUCCCACACUGAUGUCUGUACUACUGAACAGUAAAGAAGCGCUCACCUGC